AUGUCACUAAAACUCAACGAGAAGUUCUGGUGCAUGUACUUCCCAACAACGCUCGAGGGCAACGCCAGCAUGUGGUUCAAAACACUACAGCCAGGCAGUAUUUCAAACUUCGCUCAGCUCAAGUAUCUUUUCCUCACCAACUUCAUGCAGCUACACAAAUACAAGGGGGACUCUCACUCCAUUAUUGACUAUAAACAAAGAGAGGGGGAAUCUGUACGAGAAUACUUCACAAGGUUCACAAACACCACGCUAGAUGUACUAGGGCAUGAAAAAGGUCUUAUAGCCGGAGCCUUCACGUGGGGACUUCUGCCAGGACCUUUGUCUCAAAAACUCAUGGGAAAUAAGCCCUUAACACGAGCCGAGUUGAAGGAAAGAGUAGAACGAUAUCUACGACAGGAGGACGGUGAAGCGGCUAAGCAAGCUUACUUGAAUGCCAUGACGACCACCAAGCAUCACCAGUCUAGUCAUACGGACUUCCGAGGAGGUGGAAGACAUUAUAGUCAGGCAAGAAGACCGCCAGCGCGUUUUCGACCAUUCGCCAGAGACGACAAACGGGGUCAUCGCCCGGAAGUGUACACAGUGUCUAGGAAACAACAACCAGCCAAGUCACCCAAGAGCCGGUACUGUGAAUACCACAAAAGUAAGACGCAUGAUACGGUUAACUGUUCGGUGCUAAAAAAGGAGAUGGAGGAGAAACAACUCAAAGGAGAUCUGGUGGAGGUGGCACGAAGUCUGCGCGCCAAGUUUGACGUCGAGAAUGCCAAGGGCCCAUCCCGUGAGGGGGUUCAGCCCAGGGAGAUAUUCAUGAUACGCAACAAGAGAAGCAGGGAGGAACAAAGGGGAGAACGGACGACCGUUAAACCUUCAGCACGCGUGCUCACGUUCUCCAUUCAGGAUCCCAGGCCGGAUGGUUGGAGAGGCGACAAACCGUUGAUAAUACAAGCAUCUAUUAGAGACGUGACUAUCCACCGGGUCUAUAGCGUCACCGGAAGUUUAGCAGACAUCAUCUAUGAGCACUGUUUCUGA